AUGGCCUCACCUUUCUCGGACCCCGCGUCUACCGGUGUCGUUGCGCUGGACUCCGCUCGCAGGACUCUGUCCAUCAUCAUCGAAGACCAGGCCACCGACAUCCCCUACAGCGCCGACGCUCUCGACCGUCUCACCAAGCUCCUGCCCAGAAACAUCAGGACAUUUGACAACAUGAACCAGGCCAGCCAGGUAGCGGAGCACUUUCUCCUGCAAUCUCCCAAGUGGAAGUCAGACUACCAAAACCAAAACAAAGACUACAUCGAUGACGAAGCAUCCGCCCUCUACCACUCCAUUGUCGAGGGUCUGAGCAGACUGCGCGAUAAAGAGGAGAUUUACCUCGUUAUCUUUGAGCAGAAGGGUCGGGUUUUGGUGAAUCAUAAGAGGAGGGGCAACAGGCUAAUGGCUGUAGAGAAGGGUAUUGAGAGGUUGUUGAAAAUCAUGAUGGAGAAAGAGUGUUUCGGGAAUGCUGAGGAUGGAGGCGAAGGUGCCCCCGGGGAGGAUCGCAAGGUAAAGAUUGAGAGCAGCGGUGAGGGUGAGGAUGCGAACCCGACGUCUUCUUCAAGCUUGAGGAUUUUAAGCCAGCCUGCUUGGGUUGAUGAGAGGACGAAGAUAUCGUACGACGAGAUGAAGCACCAGUAUUUCAACCGCGACAAUCUUUGUCAGUCAGAAUCGUUGAUCGCUCGAGAUCCCUACCUGAUGAUGGCUUUGGUCGACUUGCGAAAGAAUGGGAAGUUUGUGAGAUGUCCUCUUCGAAAAGCGGAGCGAGAGUUGGCCUAGCGAACUUUGUGGCAUGUUGUCUCUUGUUGCUUUCAGCUUCGGAUCUGAAGAAGGAAGAGAGGAGCGUGAUGUUCGAUAUGGGAAUGGAGAAUGGAUGGUUGACUGGGUGUAGGUGGUUCUGGGUAGUAAAGACUCAUUGUUGGGUUUGAACUUGAUGGAUUAUUGCUUGGGAAUAAUUUGGUUCUUGGAGUUAUUGGAAUUGGUUUCGUCGUUUUCUGGUCAAUAAACCCUG